AUGACUUCAUGGACCAGGUCAUCCAGCUGAUGACCAAAGGCUACGUGAACUCUGACGACGGUAAAGACACGCCACAGGAUCCAGUGACCGGCAUUGAGAAGAUCACCUUGCUGGAAGCAGCGGCUCAGGUCUUCAUUUUCUGGUUUGGCGGAUUCGAGACGUCUUCUACCACCGCCACAUACUGCUUGUAUGAAAUGGCGAUGAAUCAGGAUAUCCAAGAGAAGCUUGCCGAUGAAAUCAACAGUGUGUCACAGAAGUUCGGUGGCUUAUCAUACGAAUCCAUCAUGGAAAUGACGUAUCUUGAUAAAGUGAUCUCAGGUCAAUAAUCAAAAAGAGCUUAAGAAUAUUUAUUCUAGUAGUUCCAAUA